CUCAAAGGCCCGUCUGUCUGCUCUUUGCUCAGCAGUGCCAUCCGCAUUGUCAGCCUGAUCAGCCUAGAGCGCUGUUCCUCUGCCGCACGACGAUCUCGUCUUGCCUGCUGACUCCGUCGCCGCCGCCGCCGCCGUCAUCGUCCCUGGGAGCGGAGUGCGCCAUGUCUACCACUGUGCCCUCACCAGGCGGCACCCGACCUGGAAAUGCUCGAUCCGUGACUGCACCCGAGUUGGCCCAGGCCCUGGAGAAUGUGCCGACACAACAUCAAGACCGAAGCCUACGUAGCUUAAGCAUACGUAGUAAAGAGGAAGACCGGCGCUGGUCCGGCAACUCUGCAGAUGAUCAGCUCAAUGAUCUCGCAACCAUCCAGCCACCAACUCAUCGCCACGAAGUACAUGUACAAUAUCAACCUCCCUCAUCCGGCAACUCAUCAGGUUUCUCACCGGAUCCCAAGGCCCAACUCCCGGGAUCGCAAAGUGGUUGGCUGCUUAGAUACCCUCUUUCAGCAUUUCGGCUACCGACAGCACGAGCUUGGCAGACUUAUUUCAUGCAGGAGGUUGCUGGUGACAAGUAUCUUGAGUCACAACUGCUGCUCAUGACGAUCGUCACUGGAGUGCUCGACGCUAUGACCUACACAACAUAUACAGUAUUCGCUUCGAAACAAACCGGCAAUACAUUGUUUCUCGCCCUGCAUGGUCUACGCGUACAAGCUCUGCCCGCAGGUGUGGAAGAAAAUGUAGCAGUUUCGAUGGGUGUUUUCGUCUGUGGUGCUAUCUUUUUUGGGCAUAUCGGGCACAUCUCUCGCCAAAGGCGGCGAAUCUGGCUCCUUGCAUCCAACACCUUUCAGGCAUUCUUGGUCUUGGCUGCUGCUGCCCUCAGGUAUUGGUGUUCCAGGGAAAGAACGGGCCCAGGUGCACUUGGAAUACUCGCAUGUCUAGCGUUCGCUGAAUCCGGCCAGAUCGCCAACGCUUUGAAUACCAACAUGCCGGAGCUGAAUACCACUAUGAUCACAGGGGCUCUGAUUCAGCUUUGCACAGAUCCCCGCAUCUUCCAUCUGCACAACACGAAACGAAAUCGGCGACUGGCCUUUCUAAGCUCAAUGUUCAUAGGCUGCUUCAUUGGUGCUGCAGUAUUGGCGAGAUCGAGUCCUAGUGCCGUUCUUGUUGUGGCAGCCGGUCUGAAAGGCGCACUGGUACUCAGUCUGUUUUUCAAUAGAGGUAUGGUUGACAAAACAGUCUCUCUGGAGGCGGGCGAGAAGAAAGUAGAAGGUUGCGUCACGCCAGCGAGUCGUGUGUUAUGGUCCUGUUUGGGCAGGCAUUGCGAUCGAAACUGCAACUGCGCGGACGUCGUGGUCGGCAACCAUCCAAGCACGUACUGCAGCGCUCAUGAAAAUCUUCAAGACCACCUGCAACGGCUUCGCCUCCAGCGAUAUCACCUGCGCUUAGGCUCAUACUUCUCGGCUUACCAAAAGACUCGUGUCGCUGCUGCUGCGACUACAGCUAUCGCCUCGGAGGAACCUCAGCUUGGCAACUGUCUCGCCAUGGGCUUCAAACACCAACCUACGCCGCUAGGCCCUCCAGUUGUCCAGUCAGCUCACAUUUCAUCUCAUUAUCUGGAGCGAACGCGUAUUUACUCCACAGCUGCACUACUGGAAUCGAGCGACUCCACAAUGUCUUGUCAUCUGAGAGUGUCCCCACGUUCCAUUCAGAACACCUAUGUGCCGGGGUCAGGCUCAUUGCGAAGCUACAAUGUAUCAUUCAAGACCGGUGCGACUCGCGAUAUCGUCGACUAGGUAUUGCCGAAAACCAACAUAAACUCCCCCUGUUCAGGGAGGACAAAAAGGCUUGGGUGAAUAUAUAGUGCGGACGAGGUGAUCCAUAGCACGCGUACCUUUUCUCAG